AAUAUAAAAAUAGAACAAUAAAUGAAUUUUAUUAAAUUUUAGGGCUAAUCGCAUAUUUAAAACAUAUAUAAAUUACGAGACCCGUAAAUUUGGAAAAGAAUUAAACUGCAAAUAAUAAAUAUACAAAUCCCUGUCAACAUUUUAUCAAUUUUAUAACUGUCCGCGAUCGGCUGUUACAAUACAUAAUUGUAAAUCAUAAAAAAAAUAAAAAAAAAAAAUCAAACAAUGUCAACAGCUCCGCAACCAAAUGGAUUACUGCACACAAAUUCCGGCUCCAAAGAAGAGGAAUCGUUUAAUAUCGAAGAUCUUCGUUCGGAGAAAGAUCGAUUAACAUAUAAUCACUUUAUGGAUUCGGAACGAAACGAAAUAGAUGGACCAAUACAAAUUCCAGAGGAGAUGGACGCCCUUGAAGACUUUGCUAGCGUAGAUGUUAAUGCCUACGCGCACAAGAAAACUCUCGCCCAGGGUAUGAUGGAUUUAGCAUUACUUACAGCGAAUGCCAAUCAAUUGCGUUAUGUAUUGGAUUCCUACACCAGACAUCCAUAUUACUAUCCCAGCUUGAUUUUCUUAUUACUCAGUAUUGGCUUCCAGAUAGCUGUUGGUGUUGGCUUAAUUCUCACCAGUCGUUACAACAUUGAAGACAAAAGGGAGGUGUGUCGUGCAGAGAAAUUUAGCAACUAUACAAUUUGUGGCAUUUUCAUAGUUACCGUUAUCAAUGUGUUCAUUUCGGCAUUUGGUGUUGCAGACGCGCCUGACGAUAAAUAAUCGUGGAAUCUACGCUUGCUGUUGUCGCUGUCCAUGAAUACAUUUAACGUAAACAAAUGCUUUAAAAUAUUUUGGUGCUAUUUUUCACCACAAUUUUUAGCAUUGUAAUUUAAAAAAAAAAAAGAGUAGCAAAAUGCUUUGCUGUAAUUGGGCCAUUCCAUAAAAGCAGCAUUCAUUUUUAUUGUAAUCCUUUUUAAAUUAUACAUAUAUGUAUGUAUGUAAGUA